AUGCUGAAGGAGAAAAUAGUGCGCUUGGCACAACGCAACGCUUUUUGUGACGAGUACACAGCUUUGAACUCAGGGAAGCCGAUACCAAAGAAAAGCCAGUUGAUAAAGCUUAACCCGUGUAUCGACGACGAUGGAGUUAUCCACAGUGAUGGCCGAUUAAAGUUCGCAGGUUUUCUUCCAUAUGAUACCAGAUUUCCAAUCAUUCUACCUCGUGGACACUGGGUGACGAAACUUAUUGUGAAGCACUAUCACGAGAGAGGAAAUCAUGCUGCUGGAGUAAACUUCACUCUUUGCCAGUUGAGUGAGAGAUUUUGGUUUAUCGCCGCAGGCGAGGAGAUUCGCGAGUGGGAUCGUGAAUGUAACGAAUGUAAGAGAAGACGAAACAAGCCAGUUUGUCAGAUUAUGGCCCCACUCCCGCAAAUGAGGCUCUGUUUCAGCCUCAGACCCUUUGCCCAAACAGCCGUAGAUUUUGCAGGUCCUUUCAAUGCUAUUCAAAGACGCGGAAAACCACGACAGAAAAGGUGGCUGUGCCUUUUUACUUGCUUGGAAACACGAGCAGUGCAUUUAGAGAUGGCCUGGGAGCUGGAUACCGACACGUUCUUAAACGCCUUCGCACGUUUUACCAGUCGUCGUGGAUUUCUUAAAGAAGUGACAAGCGAAAGAGGCACAAAUUUCGUGAGUGCAGUGAGCGGGUUAAAGAAAGUAGUCCGUCAGUUAGACCGAACACAUCUUCAGACCGAGACAGUCAAACUUGGAGUGACAUGGAGAUUCAAUCCACCAGCUGCCCCAAAUUUUUGGAGGAGCCCAUGGAGUAAUCGUGAAAGCUGCUAA